CGCCCGCUUCGCUGCGAAUGGCAACUGUUGCAACUAUUUUGGUUUUCUUCUCCGAUCUUAUUUAUAUAUAGAACAGCGCAGCAGCCGGUUGAAUUUUCUCACACAGCGUGCUUGAUUUUCCCGCUAACCAUCUGUAUCUGUAUCUGUGCGCACUCGAGAGCGAUCGAGAAGUUUCUGGCAAUCGAAAUUUAGGCCAGAAGGCACCAAACCGAACCGAAUAAAAAUUGUGUAACCAUGACGAAUACCAUCAGCAGCGACGAAGUCUCCGAUGCGGGAACCUACAAAGAUAAGGGCAACGAGGCCUUCAAGGCCUCCCGCUGGGAGGAGGCAGUGCAGCACUACGGCACGGCCAUCAAACUGGGCUCCAAGCACAAGGAGCUGCCGGUCUUCUACAAGAAUCGUGCUGCUGCCUAUCUGAAGCUGGAAAAGUACGAAAGCGCCGUGGAGGACUGCACGGAAUCCUUGAAGGUGGGUCCGGCCGAUCCCAAGGCUCUGUUCCGCCGGGCGCAGGCCUACGAGGCUCUGGAGAAGUUCGAGGAGGCCUACAAAGAUGCCACCGCCUUGUUCAAGGCGGAUCCCGGCAACAAAUCCGUACAGCCCAUGCUCCAGAGGCUGCAUGUCGUCGUGGAGGAGCGGAAGGCGCGCAAUGCGAAGACCUCCUCGAAGGUGCAGCAGAUGAUGGACCUCACCUUUGAUCUGGCCACGCCCAUCGAUAAGCGUCGCGCCGCCGCCAAUAACCUGGUUGUUCUGGCCAAGGAGCAGACUGGCGCCGAGCUGCUCUACAAGGAGCACUGCAUCACCAAGGUGGCGUCGCUCACCAAGGUGGAAAAGGACCAGGACAUCUAUGUGAACAUGGUGCGAGUGGUGGCUGCUCUCUGCGAAAACAGCGUGGAUCGCACAAAAGGCGUGCUCACGGAACUGGGAGUACCGUGGUUCAUGAGAGUGCUCGACCAGAAACACGAGGACUGUGUGUCCACCGCCCAGUUUUGCCUGCAAACAAUCAUAAACGCUCUGUCCGGGCUGAAGAACAAAAUGGACUCCAAGCCGGACAAGGAGCUGUGCACCAAGAACAACCGCGAGAUAGACACUCUGCUCACCUGCCUGGUUUAUAGCAUCACGGAUCGCACGAUUUCCGGAGCGGCUAGGGACGCCGUCAUGGAGCUGAUCACCAGGAAUGUUCACUACACUGCUCUGGAGUGGGCCGAGCGCCUGGUGGAGAUCAGGGGUCUGUGCCGCCUCCUGGACGUCUGUUCCGAACUGGAGGACUACAAGUACGAGAGUGCCAUGAACAUCACCGGCUCGUCGGCCACAAUUGCCUCCGUUUGUCUGGCCCGCAUCUACGAGAACAUGUACUACGAUGCGGCCAAGCUGAAGUUCGUGGAACAGAUCGAUGAGUACAUCAAGGACAAGCUUCUGGCGCCCGACAUGGAGUCCAAAGUGCGGGUCACCGUGGCGAUUACUGCUCUGCUCAACGGUCCAUUGGAUGUGGGCAAUCAGGUGGUGGCCAGAGAUGGCAUCCUACAGAUGAUUCUGGCCAUGGCCACCACCGACGAUGAGUUGCAGCAGCGAGUGGCCUGCGAGUGCCUGAUCGCCGCUUCCUCUAAAAAGGACAAGGCCAAGGCUCUGGUCGAGCAGGGCGUGGACAUCCUGAAGCGGCUCUACCACUCGAAGAACGAUGGCAUUCGAGUGCGCGCCCUCGUGGGUCUCUGCAAGCUGGGCAGCUACGGUGGUCAGGAUGCGGCCAUCCGUCCGUUUGGCGAUGGAGCCGCUCUCAAGUUGGCGGAGGCUUGCCGUCGGUUCCUGAUCAAGCCAGGAAAGGAUAGGGAUAUCAGACGAUGGGCGGCCGAUGGCCUGGCCUAUCUAACCCUCGACGCUGAGUGCAAGGAAAAGCUCAUUGAGGACAAGGCUUCCAUACACGCUCUCAUGGACUUGGCCCGCGCUGGAAAUCAGUCCUGCCUUUAUGGUGUGGUCACCACUUUUGUGAACCUGUGCAAUGCCUAUGAGAAGCAGGAGAUGUUGCCCGAGAUGGUGGAACUGGCCAAGUUUGCCAAGCAACACAUACCCGAGGAGCACGAGCUGGACGAUGUGGAUUUCAUCAACAAGCGCAUUACUGUGCUGGCAAACGAGGGCAUUACAACAGCACUUUGUGCUCUUUCCAAAACGGAGAGCCACAAUUCGCAGGAGCUAAUUGCCAGGGUCUUGAAUUCCGUUUGUGGACUGAAAGAGCUACGUGGAAAAGUGGUACAGGAAGGAGGCGUCAAGGCACUGCUUCGCAUGGCUCUCGAAGGCACCGAGAAGGGUAAACGUCAUGCUAGUCAGGCGUUGGCCAGGAUCGGCAUAACCAUCAACCCGGAAGUGGCCUUCAGUGGUCAGCGAUCGCUGGAUGUAAUCCGUCCUUUGUUAAACCUCCUGCUGCAGGACUGCACAGCGUUGGAGAACUUUGAAGCCCUCAUGGCGCUUACCAAUCUGGCCAGCAUGAACGAAAGCGUGCGCCAGAGGAUCAUCAAGGAGCAGGGCUUGUCGAAGAUUGAGUUUUAUCUGAUGGAGGAUCAUCUUUACCUCACCCGCGCGGCAGCCCAAUGCCUGUGUAAUCUGGUGAUGAGCGAGGAUGUCGUGAAGAUGUUCGAGGGCAACAACGACCGGGUGAAGUUUUUGGCCCUGCUCUGCGAGGAUGAGGACGAGGAGACGGCCACAGCCUGUGCCGGAGCUCUGGCCAUGCUAACGUCGGUGUCCGCCAAGUGCUGCGAAAAGAUCCUGGACAUCGCCAGCUUCCUGGACGUCUUGCACACGCUGAUCGCCAAUCCCAGUCCGGCAGUCCAGCACCGCGGCAUUGUGGUAAUCCUGAAUAUGAUCAACGCUGGUGAGGAGAUCGCCAAGAAGUUGUUCGAGACGGACAUCAUGGAGUUGCUGAGCGGCCUGGGCCAGUUGCCGGAUGAUACGCGUGCCAAGGCCCGAGAGGUGGCCAUCCAGUGCCUGGCGGCGGCGGAGCGUUAUAGGAUCAUUGAGCGGUCCGACGAUGCGGAGAUCCCCGACGUGUUCGCCGAGAGUGCCAAGAUAACCGAGAUUAUCGAUGAUUGAACGAAUUUCGCUAGCAGUCUGACCUUUUUGUGCCUUUUGUUCCUCCCUCAUUUCAUUUUCCUUGCUAUACUCACCGUGUCAUCCCGAAACUUAAUUUAUUUUCAGCAAAUUAUCAAAUGUACUCAAAUUGUUUUUAUAAAUAUUGUACGAA